UUACGUCGCGCGCUUCACGUAGUUCUAUUUGUCACUAGUUUAGUUUUUUCCUCUUUAAAACUCGGUCGAAAUGGCGGGUGUAGUGGCUAGAUUAACUGUUAAAAAUGGUACAAUAAUCGCACAGAGGUCGAGUGUGGUCGUCGGUGUUGGUCGAGCGGCCAGAUUUUCCAGCAGUACGUCACAGAUGGGCGGAAUUCCGGGACACAAAACUCGACGAUUGCUGACUUUUGUGGGCGGUAGUGCUGUUUCUUUGGCCGCCCUGGCGGCUUUCAUUAAACUACGGUCCGCGGAAAACCCUGUGAAUGCAGUUAGCCUAAAAAGGCGCAUGCGAGACGAUAGCGAGCUGGAGAACGUGAAACUGACGGCCCGGGAGCGCCGCUUCAUCAAGUUUGCAUCCGUGGAGUACGAUGACCAGCUCUACAUGACACCGCAGGACUUCCUAGACUCCGUUGUGGAGCAGGAGCCCAGACCUCGCUUGAAACGACGCCAGUUGUCCAGCGAUGAGGUGGAUAAAUACAAGGAAAACACGCCUGCUUUGAAGAAGGGCUCCACUCGUCUGUUUCGCAAUCUACGGGACAAGGGCAUUGUCUCCUACACGGAAUAUUUGUUUUUGCUCUCCAUUCUAACAAAGCCCAAAUCUGGAUUCCGCAUCGCCUUCAACAUGUUCGACACGGAUGGAAACCAGCGCGUUGACAAGGACGAGUUUCUAGUGAUAAUUUCCAUUUUGGCCGGCGCUUUAAAAGACACUCAAAAUGUCGAUCCACAAACCAAGCGAAUUCUCUCGCGUUUAGUGUCCUACGAUGAGCAAAGCCAAAUGACGAAACCCAUGGCAGUGCCUCAGGCGAAGAGGGGUCUAAUGGAGCGCAUUUUCAGUGGCGCUUGGAAGGAGAAGCACGGCGAGCGAGAGCCGGAAGAGGAGCUCGCAACGCCCACUCCCCUGGAGCAGAACUAUGUAAACGAUGGCGAGGGUCUGCAGCGACGCCACAUGGUGCCCACCACCCUGCAGCUGCACUUCUUCGGCAAGCGGGGCACUGGGGUGAUCAACUACGAUAACUUCUACCGCUUCAUGGACAACCUGCAGACGGAGGUGCUCGAGCUGGAGUUCCACGAGUUCUCCAAGGGCAACAGCGUCAUCAGCGAGCUGGACUUUGCCAAAAUCCUGCUGCGUUACACGUACUUGGCCACCGACGAGUAUGAUGUCUUCCUGGAGCGCCUGCUCGAGCGUGUUAAGGAUGAGAAGGGCAUAUCCUUUCACGAUUUCCGCGACUUUUGUCACUUCCUCAACAAUCUGGAUGACUUCACGAUCGCCAUGCGCAUGUAUACGCUGGCGGAUAGGGCCAUUUCAAAGGAUGAAUUCUCGCGCGCUGUGAAGAUCUGCACCGGCUAUAAGCUCAGUCCCCACUUGAUCGAUACCGUGUUUGCCAUCUUCGACGCGGAUGGCGAUGGCCUGCUGUCCUACAAGGAGUUCAUUGCCAUCAUGAAGGAUCGCCUGCAUCGCGGCUUCAAAUCCGUGGCCAAAUCGGAGGGCUGGGAUGCUUUCAAGUACUGUGUGCGCAACGAGAUGAAAACAAUGAUGAAGUCGGCCAACUAAUUUAGACAAGGAAACGAAAGUGCACAAACAACGAGGGGAAACCAUUGAAGCCAAAGUGAAACAAAGUUCUAGUUACAAAGUUUUCUUCUAAAGAACCAAAAUCUCGUGUAUAGCUAUAGCCUUUAUAUUUGUUAUUUAUGAAUUUGUUAUUGAACUAAGCACCCAUCUCUUGUAGCCAAAAUAUUGAGAACAUUUUUAAAAUCGGCUCUUGAAUGCCAUUGUUUUUAUAAAUGUGUAGUGCAAAUAAAAUUGUUUUCUAAAAUUUGUUUUAAAUUUUUAUUUAGUUUUCAUUUUGUUAAAGAUUAAGAUUUCUUAGAAAAUGCAGCUCGUUACCAAGCAUCAAGUUAUCCAUCAACUGAAACAUUCCAUUAUUGAACUUUAAAACUAAGUGCUUUUAUAAUAGAUAUAAAAACUAAAAACAUCGCUUGUCAAGGAUCUCCGCGAAUGGGAGAAGUGUUGGGAUAGGUGUGUCUUAACUAAUGCAUAAAUAUACAAUAAGUCUAGGUACUAUAUAUAAAACUCGAACUAUUUGUCUAGAUCAACUUGCACUUGGGCAUUGAACAAAAUCAAAAAUUAUCACAGUUAAAUUGCGUGCAUUCGACAGAAGACACACUACAUUAUUCUUACUUGGUAUACAAAAUAGUUUCAUUUGAUUACUUAUCGUUGAAUAUUUUUGCUAAGAACUGAAUUGGGAAUCAUUUUGGAAUAGUUGCAUAUACACAAAUUGCACGAUUAAAUAAUAAUAACUUAAUAAAUGAUUACAACUAAA